AAUAAUAGGGGCGCAUUGACGAUUUAGAAAAAACUUAGGUACUUUGGGAGCAAAUAGCACUGAUAAAUUGGUGCUAGCAAUACUGCAACGCCAAACAAAUCUUCCAUUUUCUGUUUUCAGCCUUUGUGUGUGAGUCAUGGCAGCUAAUAAGCUGCUACUCUCUCCUCUAUCUCACCCUUCUGAAACCCACCGUCCAUGGCGGCUCAGCCGGGUUCUCCCCGGCACUCCGGCAGCCGCACGAACAAGAACCAACCCCAACAGGAGCCUUACUCUCGUCAGAGUAUCAUCUCCCAACUCCCUCGAACACGAAGCCCUCCAACUUCUCUCAGCCGCUCCCCACCACAUUGCCGACCAUUUUCACCUGCAAAACCAUGACCCCUCCUCCCUCUUCCAGCUCGCCGCCGCGGACGGCGCCGGAUACUCCUUGGCUAGCUACUACACUUCGCUGGGUCUCUUCGUCAUCUCCGUUCCCGGGCUAUGGUCCCUCAUCAAACGCUCUGUUAAAUCCAAGAUUGUGCAGAAGACGUUCGUGACGACGGAGGGGACGAAGGCGGCGAACAGGGUGGCGGGAGAGAUUCUGGCGUUCUUCACUCGCAAUAAUUUUGUGGUGUCGGAUAGAGGAGAGACUAUAACGUUUGAAGGAAUGAUGGCACCGAGCCGGGGGCAAGCAGCGCUGCUAGCUUUCUGCACUUGCAUAAGCUUAGCCAGUUGUUCCCUUGUCCUCACCAUAACUCUUCCGGAAAUAGGAAACAACUGGUUUUGGCUCACUGCAUUAAGUCCGUUAGCGGGUGUAUACUAUUGGACUCGGGCGUCGAGAAAGGAACAAGUGAAGGUGAAAAUGAUGGUGGAUGAUGAUGAUGGAACCCUGAAGGAGGUUAUUGUUCAGGGAGAUGAUGUGCAGGUAGAGCAAAUGAGGAAGGAGCUGAAUUUCAGUGAGAAAGGCAUGGUUUAUGUUAAAGGCUUGUUUGAGAGAUGAGAUAUUUUCUGGGGUUCUAGGGAAGACACAUGUAACCAAAGCAUAUAUAUACACAGUUAUAUUGAGGAUGAAUUUGUUUUGUUCA